AUGAAGCUCUCCCCAACCAUCAACCUCCUGGCAACCCUCGCCUGCGUUGUCUCCGCAGAAAUCCUCAACGGCGAAGAUGCAUCCCACCAAAACCUCCAACCCCGCCAGGCCAAAGACAUUGUCCUAGACGCCACAGCAGCACCGACCCAAGCUCCCGCCGUAACAACAAUCUACAUGCAAGUCUCGGUAGGAACGACCGUAACCUACGCACCAAUCGUCGUCACCCAAACAUUCGCCAAAGUUCCCGAUCAAUGGCCUUCUCCCGCCAGCGGUGCCAUUGGCUAUGGAACAUUGACACAGAAUCACCGACGAGAAGCAGAGCCAUCGGAUGCAGCAGGUAUCGCAGAUCGCAUUCUUCGUCCUUGA